CUCUUUAAGGAAAAACUUCUUCAGUCCAGUGAUUGGUGACUAAGGGAACCGUGGAGCACAGGGGAUUGGGCGGGGUCUCGGCUCCUAAUAAUGCCUCCUUAUCCAAUGAAAAGCAUUUCCUAUUGAGACCCCCAAGAGUUCCCCCGGCCUUCGGCUCCAGCCCGGACUUUGGGCCUUUUCUUGUGUCCUGUUUGUUAAAGGCAUGCCGGCUACAGCAUUCAAGAGGGCAAGUCUUUAACAAAGGGAAAGAGAUAAGUGUAAAUAAGCUCACAUUUUCAGAAUGAGCGGUUUGCAGUAAGAAGCUGCGGCAGCCCAGAGUCUGCUACUUUGGGCUGGGCUAACCUUUCCCUGUUUAAAAAAAAAUGGAUAAAAAUACGCACUUUCAAAGUGCGAGUUGCCCGUUUACAUGUUUACUAGCUAAUUGUCUACAGGCAUGAGCACACUCUCUCAUCUAGCACACUCUUUCUUGGGGAAUACUGCUCUCUGGAGGAGUGUGAAAAUUAAUUCUACUUACCUUUAAGCACCCACUGGAGGAAGUCUCUAAUCACAGUGCCUCUAGAAAGUUCAAUGGUUAUCCAAGUCUUGAAUCAAAUUGAUGCCAGAAUUCGGUUUGAACUAAUGUGGAGGAAGGCAUUCCCUACCAGUCCCUAGUCUCAAAGUGGUGAACCCCUGCAACCAGCAGGCUUCCUGAACAAAAAUCCAUGGGUGACAGAAGAUUCAUUGACUUCCAAUUCCAAGAUUUAAAUUCAAGCCUCAGACCCAGGUUGGGCAAUGCUACUGCCAAUAAUACUUGCAUGGUUGAUGAUUCCUUCAAGUAUAAUCUGAAUGGUGCUGUCUACAGUGUUGUAUUCAUCCUGGGUCUGAUUACCAACAGUGCCUCUCUGUUUGUCUUCUGCUUCCGCAUGAAAAUGAGAAGUGAGACUGCUAUUUUCAUCACAAAUCUGGCCCUCUCUGAUUUGCUCUUUGUCUGUACUCUACCUUUCAAAAUAUUUUACAACUUCAAUCGCCACUGGCCUUUUGGUGACACCCUCUGCAAGAUUUCUGGGACUGCAUUUCUCACCAACAUCUAUGGGAGCAUGCUAUUCCUCACCUGUAUUAGUGUGGAUCGUUUCCUGGCCAUUGUCUAUCCCUUCCGAUCUCGCACCAUUAGGACCAGGCGGAAUUCUGCCAUUGUGUGUGCUGGAGUCUGGAUCUUAGUCCUCAGUGGUGGUAUUUCAGCCUCUUUGUUCUCUACGACUAAUGUCAACAACGCAACCACCACCUGCUUUGAGGGAUUCUCCAAACGUGUCUGGAAGACUUACCUGUCCAAGAUCACCAUAUUUAUUGAAGUUGUUGGGUUCAUCAUUCCUCUGAUAUUGAAUGUCUCUUGCUCUUCUGUGGUGCUGAGAACUCUCCGCAAGCCUGCUACACUGUCUCAAAUUGGGACUAAUAAAAAAAAAGUGCUGAAGAUGAUCACGGUGCACAUGGCAGUCUUUGUGGUAUGCUUUGUACCUUACAACUCUGUUCUCUUCCUAUAUGCCCUGGUGCGCUCCCAGGCCAUUACUAAUUGCUUGUUGGAAAGAUUUGCAAAGAUCAUGUACCCAAUCACUUUGUGCCUUGCAACUCUGAACUGUUGCUUUGACCCUUUCAUCUAUUAUUUCACCCUUGAGUCCUUUCAGAAAUCCUUCUACAUCAAUACCCAUAUCAGGAUGGAGUCACUGUUUAAGACUGAAACACCUCUGACCACAAAGCCUUCGCUUCCAGCUAUUCAAGAGGAAGUGAGUGAUCAAACAACAAAUAAUGGUGGUGAACUAAUGCUAGAAUCCACCUUCUAGGUACGAGGACUGUCUUCAGGUCCAGAUACAGUUUCUCCUAUGAUUUUUCCUAUGCUCUAGAUAAGAGAAGAGAUUUGAAGCUAGUGAUUCUGAGAAUAAAUUAAUGAACCAAAUACAUUUGUUUAAAUGUUUAUUGUACAUAUGCUGUUUUGUUCAGUAAUUAUAGGUCAAGUCUAAUUACAGCAACCAAAACAGAUGAUCAAGCUCUUCUGCUGGAUUGGAAUUCCAUUAUUUCAUUGGAUCACAUUAUAUAAAUGGCCAGUGGCCUUGACUUUAGUGAUAGGGAGAUUACUUUAAAUUUUUUAAAAAAAUCUAUUUUAAUGAUAUUUGGUAAUUGGGUUGGGCCUAUAAGUAUAGAACAAAUUCAGGGAUUAUUUUUUUUAAAAAAAACUUUUGUGUUACUACUGAUAUAUGCUAGUCUUUUUCCUUUUUUGUCAUUGAAUUUAUUUUAGCACAAGAACAUAUUUUAACCUAACAUUAUUAAUAAGAACUGUAUUGAAUUAAAGAGUUGGCAAAAUUUGCUAUGUGAAUUUUGAAAAGAAAUUUUGUUUGCAUGAAUACAGAUGGGAAGAAACAGAAAAGUAACAGGAUUUACAUAUUUACAAUCAUAAGCAGUGUCCUUUUAUUAAAACUUUAUUUUCUCCACUAUGAUAAGAUUUUCAUAUGAAACUUCACAGUCAGAAAGCUGCUAAAUACAAGUAUGUUACCAGCAAAUGCAGAAUGGAAAAAUCACAUAAAAUAACAAAAUAUCAAUAAAAAACACUAACUUUUUCUUAAUAUUUCUUAUUAUAUUUCUUUUGGGAAACUGUGUUCUACAAAAUAUUUAUUUUCCAUAUGAAAUUUUGGAGCACAAGGCAGCCAAAAAGCUGCUGAAUUUGUGCUCAGGUCGGGAGCGAAUUGAAAAAAUAAAAUAAAAAAAUAAUAACAAAAACACAAUAAAACAAAAAAUCUUAAACAUAUAUUAAUUAUUUUUGGGGGGUAGAUAUCUGUAACUUUAAAGUAUUUAUUCUUAUUAAAUUUUAGAGUAGAGUGUAGCCAGAGUUGCUGAAUUAAUGAUCAAAUUGAGAGCAAAUUGAAAAAAAAAAUACAAAAACCAAACCAAAUCACACAAAACAACAAAACAGUUGAAAAACACUACAAAACCAAAAAGAAAAUCCAAGAAGCAGAAAAAGAAAAAAAUGUAGCACAUCACCAUUGUAUUUAUUUUUUGAAGCUCUAUACAUUUAAAAAUACUAAAUCAUUUACAUGAAAUUUUGGAACACAGUGCAGUCAUAAAUCUGCUAAAUUUAUACCCAGACCAGAAGUAAAUCAGAAAAAAAACCUAUAAUGCACACCAAAGCUCCCUACAAAAUAAGAACACAAAAAUUUUAAACAAGAACACAAAAUUUCUGUAAAACAUGCAAAAUACAGUAAUUUGCAUAUGAUGCUUUUGGUCAAAAUACAGCUAAGAUGCUGCUAAACUGGCACCUGAGUCAGGAUCAAAUAAAAAUAUGUUAUCUCAAAAAAUAAUAGAAUAUUAAGUUGAAACAAAUAUUUAAAAAGUAAUAAAAGAACAGAAAGUAUUUUAAAUUAAACACUGAAAAAUUAUUAAAAUUAUUAUAUAGGGACGAAUUAUAAAUUUAAGAGUGUUAAGAUUUGUUAAUAAAACAAGAAAUGAUGUAGUUUGAAAAAUACUACAUUUGUGCUCAGGUCAGAAACAAUGGCAAUCAAUAAAAACUCUCAUAUGCACACAUCUGUAAAAACAAUAGAAACCAUAAAAAAUUUUAAAAACACUGAAUAAAGCAAAAAAUCUUAAAAUAUGCAUUAUUCAGUUUUUAAAAUAUUUGGAUGAUAUGACAAUGAUAAAAUUCUAAGAAUUUUAACUAAAACUUCUAGGAACAACAAAACUUUUUAAGUUGCUGAACUUGUGCCAGAGAGUGGUUGGAAAAUUUUUGAAAAGUAAAAAUCUAAAGUAAUAGGCCAAUUACUAAAAUUCAUAAGGCUUUGGUUUACUUUCUGAUGAUAUGGAGAUUUGAAAAUGUUAAGAUUUUUAACUUAAACAUUUGUGAAUAUAAUAUCACUUUAAAAACUGCUGAAUCUGUGCCUGGGUUAGGAAGUAAUUGAAAAAAGAAUGCUAAAACAAUAGAACAAUAGUAAAAUUGAAUUCUCAAAAGUGGCACUACUUUUUCCUCAUGAUUUAAAGUCCUAAAAAUAAUCAUGCACUAUAUUGUCUUGUGAAGAAAUGUUCUAAAUGGAGUACAUGAGGUAUUCAUUCAGUUAGAUGAAAUUAGGUUGUUAGAUUAAGUUCAGUUUUUAGAUUAUAUUCUGAAAUGAAAUUAGUAAUUAAAGUUUGAAUAAUCUUUGUUUUCUUUGUUAUACUUUCUUUUCUACUUUGUGUAAGUAUAAAUUAUAUGUGACCUUUUGUUUGUGCCCUUGUCUCCUAAAAUUAAAAAAAAAUUUAGGAUAAUGACACCAAACCAUUUAAUGGGAUAUGUUAACCAAGUUGACAUAAAAUAUAUCAUAAAAUCAGUUUCCUUAUGUGUAAUUUCCGUGUUUAGUUUUAAUUUUCCAUAUUUCACUUUUUUCUAGUUAAUUUCCAUUUUAUGGUUAAUAUAACUUGCUAAUAAUAAAACUUGUCAUAUGAACAAUGUAAGCAACAAAAUGUAUAACUAAGUGUAAAUUGACUAUUUUACAUUUAAAAGCAAAAGCAGUCAUUCAGCUAUAACUACAACUUGGAUUUCAAAUGCUUAUUAAAUAUAAUAAAAUGUAUUUGAAUUACCUCACAGUUA